AUGAACUUCGAGAACUAUGAUCCUUCCUUUCCUGACCAGCCAGUGGUCGACCUCUACCUCCCAACAUGGGCUAACCUCCCUGCCUUCAAGUCCAAGCCAGCCUUCAUUUGGAUCAAAGAUAACGACUCAACCACUUCACUUUCAUAUUCUCAACUCAACGACUCUGUCCACUCAAUUUCUUCCCAAUUGCUCAAUGCCCCACUACGAAGGGGUGAAACUGUCGUCGUUUUAUGCUCUCCGGGGCUAGAACUCGUCGAGAUCAUCUUCGCUUGCCAACGAGCUGGCCUUGUGUGCGUCCCAAUUCUCCCACCUGACCCUUCAUUCUCUAAAGAAAACCAUCACCAUCUCGUAAGAGUCCUGUCACAAACAAAGCCCAAAGCCGCCAUUUCUAACCGCGGUUACAUCACAAAAGUCCACCGCUACAUCACCUCAUCAAACGACACAAAGCUAGCACACAUGUUGCAAAACCUCACAUGGAUCGCCACAGAAGAUGUCAAAGCCAAAAUGGUCAACUCAAACUCAAAGUUUGACUAUUCAUCCUACAAUGGACGCAAAGCUGACGAGGUGUAUUUGAUUCAGUACACCUCAGGUGCAACCGGGAUACCAAAACCUGUUCUCGUCACCGCAGGAUCAGCAGCUCACAACGUCAGGACAGCGAGAAGAGCCUACGAUCUUCACCCGAACAGUGUGAUCAUGUCGUGGUUGCCUCAAUACCACGAUUGCGGCCUUAUGUUCUUACUGUUGACCAUUGUCUCUGGCUCAACCUGUGUCCUAACCUCACCUCACGCCUUUGUCAAACGCCCAAGGCUUUGGCUUGAGAUGAUCUCCAACUUCAACGCCACUUGCACUCCAGUCCCGUCUUUCACAUUGCCACUAGUCCUUAAGCGCAGCGGGAUCGAAAAAAGAACAUCUGACAUAAAUUUACACAGCUUGAGAAACCUUAUCAUCAUCAACGAGCCAAUUUACACGUCCACGGUGGAAGAUUUUCUCGAUGUGUUUAGGCAUUUCGGUCUAAACCCAUCCUGUGUUUCUCCUUCCUACGGCUUGGCCGAGAAUUGCACGUUUGUUUCAACCUCAUGGAAAUCAUUAGGAAACUACAAAAAGGAUUCUCCUAACUUUCCAUGCCACAACAAGCUCUUGCCAAGCGCGAGGCUCGGUUCUCGCCAUGGACUUGAUUAUCAUGACAAUGAGGACAUGGAAAUUGUGAUAGUAAAUGAAGAGACACUUGAGCCCGUUGAGGACGGAAUUGAAGGUGAAAUCUUGGUCUCUUCACCGAGCAAUGCCUCCGGUUACCUCGGACACCCUUCUUUAACUCACGAGGUGUUUCAUCGGAGUGUACCAAACAAAAGGGCGAACCGGUGCUUUGUCCGAACCGGCGAUAGAGGCAUUGUCAAAGGAGAAGAGAGGUUUCUCUUUGUGACCGGUCGAUGUGUUGACGUUAUUAAGCUGAAAAACAAUGAUGAAAUCCAUGCGCAUUAUAUAGAAACAGCUGCAUAUAAUAGUUGUCCACGGUUUCUCAGAGGAGGCUGCUUAGCUGCUUUUAAGGUUGGGGACAUAAUAGUGCUUGUGGCUGAGAUACAGAAAGAUUAUGAGAAACAGAAUGGUAAUUUAAAAAAAAUAUGUGAAAGUGUUAGGAGGGGUGUUUUGAAGGAUGAGAGAGUUGAAGUUGGAUUGGUGGUGCUAGUUAAAAGUGGGUGUGUUCCAAAAACUACUUCUGGUAAAGUUAAGAGAUGGGCAGCUAAAGAGAAUCUCAUUGGAGGGAAAAUGGGGUUGGUGAUGCAGAUGCCGUUUGGUGUGCUGAGGACAAAGGUUGAUGAAGGAGAAGAGACGGGAAAAGUGGGAGUGGAGAAGAAGGAAAUGGCAGUGGUAAAGUGGGAGGAAAGUCGUCUUUCCUUUUCAAGUGUUCCAAAUCGUCCCUCUUUGCUCUCUCUCUUGUGA